AUGAACUAUUGUCAUUACAUAAGGACAUACAUAAUCAAACAUAGAUGGACAGAGAAUCCUGGACAGAGCCGUGGUCCUGCAGUGGAUGGUCGCAAGCUAGAAGAUAUUGAUGACGAGGAGUUUAAUAUUCCUCCUUUGUUUGACGACACAGAGUAUGUUAGGGAAGAAAUACCGGAUUUGGAUAUUGAGGAUGAUGGGAAAGCUUGUGAAAUGAAGGAGUCAGGCUACUAUGUGAUUAGGAAAGCGAAUCUUGAACACACAUGCCCAAUAGAGACGAGGAACAAGUACUUGAAAAAAGCGACAUCAAAGGUGAAUGCAGCUGUGUACGAAGCAAAGUACAGUGAUCUGACAAAAGGUCUCACCCCUUUGGAUCUUCAGCAUAUGGUAUUAGAGGAUUUGAGGGUGGCUGCACCCUACAGCAAAUGUUGGAGGGCGAAGGGUAAGGCUUUGGAGGGCAUAUUUGGUUCGGAUGAUGAGUCUUUCGAGGAUCUCCCUGGUUUUAGGAAGCUUAGGCGUGUUAUUGUUGUGGAUGGGACUCAUCUGAAUGGGAAGUAUAAUGGUGUCCUUUUGACAGCUAGUGGACAAGAUGCUAAUUUACAGGUUUUUCCUCUUGCGUUAGCUGUUGUAGACAAUGAGAACGACGAAGCUUGGUCGUGGUUUUUUGAGAAGUUAGAGCGCAUAAUUGCGGAUAGUAAGAGCUUGACAAUAAUUUUAGAUAGGAACAGCUCAAUAUACACAACAAAGAAGAGGAUGUUCCUGUUGGCACAUCAUAGAGCUUGCAUAGUGCAUCUUGCGAGGAAUGUUAAUGCGAGGUUCCAUAAUAAAGGACUUGCAAAACUUGUGACGAAUGCAACAUUUGUCUAUAAGGUAACAUGUUAUCAAGAGAUAUAUAGACAAAUCAAAGUGAAAAACGCAAACUGUGCUGCGUAUUUGGAUAAAAUUAGAGCAGCUCAUUGGAGCAGAGCUUAUUUCUAA